AUGUCCAGCAACGGAGAGACUGAACAGAAGCAGGAGCAGCAGUUCAACAUCCUACCCCACCCAGCAACCACCAACGACCCUAACAACGACCCUGCUCUCAAGUCAGGCAACACAGGCAGCUCUGACCCUACUGGCAAGCCUGGCGUAUUUGUUCCCCAGAAUGCCGAUAAGCUCGAGCAGCCAAAGUCUUCGGAUGAACUAAAGACGGCUAGUGCUGAAUUGAACAAGUAUAGUGUUGCUUGAAAAAAAAAGGGGCGUGGACGGAUUUGGGAUGUGGGAUAGAUAGGGACGGGAAGGGGAAGGGGAAGGGGAAGUGGAAAUAUAUCGCAUUGCUUUACAC